CAAACCUUGCCCGGAAUCUCUGGCCCGCUCGGCUUCUUCGACCUGGCAGGAUUCUGCGGCGACAACAAUGGCGCCGACGGCAGCGCCACCCUGGGCAAGGUCAAGUUUUACCGCGAGGUCGAGCUGAAGCACGGCCGCGUCGCGAUGCUCGCUUCGCUUGGCUUCCUUGUGGGUGAGAACUUCCACCCACUCUUCGGCGGCAACAUCGACGUGCCGUCCUACGUUGCAUUCCAGCAGACGCCGCUGCAGACCUUCUGGCCGGCCGUCGUGUUUGUGAUUGCGAGCCUGGAGGUCUUCAGCGUCUUUACGUUUGAGGACCCCAACGUCGAGGGCUGGGCGAUCCGGGCCGACCAUGAGCCCGGCACGCUGGGCAGCAACAACCGCCGCUGGGACCCGCUCGGCCUGGCGCCGUCUGACCCGGCCGAGUUCAAGGCGAUGCAGACGAAGGAGCUGAACAACGGCCGGCUCGCCAUGAUUGCCAUCGCCGGCAUGAUCGCGCAGGAGCUCGUCACG